UAAACAUGCAACUGGAUGAUUGAAAAAGCGCUAAAAAUCUUUCAUCAGCUAAACGUGACUGGUGAGUUUGUUUUUCUCUCUCAAAAUCUCAUUCCCGCCCACUAUUCGUAUUUCCAGUGCAAGAAAUUUAGCCGAUCGAUGAAGAGAAAGAAAAGUGAGGUUCAUGAAAAAUACAGUGACAAGGAGAAUGUUGGAUCAAAGAAAGCAACAUGUAGGAUUGGUCGGCAACAUCUGAAUGUAGCAGGGGAAUGUAGAAAUGUUUCAGCUGGGGAAAAUGAUGGGAUUUUGCCCGGACAGGCUGCUAAAGUAUCUAGCCAAAUACUCCCCAGAAGGGUGACUUGUUCCCCUGUAACAAAAGGAGAUGAUGCAGCAGGGACUGGGAGUCAACAACUUGAUUCCCAUAAGAAGAUUAAGCUACAGCUUUUUCCAAUAAAUAAAAGUACCCGACAGAGAUUGGAGAAGGAUGGCUGCAAUCCAUUCCAGGAACUUACUUUAAGUACUCACAAGAAGAUAUCAUCAGUGAUUAAGCACCUUAAUACGAAGUGGAAUUCUUCGAGUGUGGGGUUGGGGGAGCUCUUUCUAUUCCCCUAUAAUAUUAAUACAGAAAACUUGGCAUCAGAGAAGCGAUGGAGCUCAAAAGAUACCAACAUUUCUGCAGGACAAGUGUAUGCAGCAAUAGAAAGUCCUGCCAUUUUUCGCUUAAGGUAUGGCUGGUUUUCUGAUGUUAAGCUUAAGGCUUCUGAGGUACCUGAUAUAUCCCCUCCCUCUGGCACUCAUUCACAAUCAAGGGGUAUUAAGAGAAUUUUUGCUGCUGCAAUGGACAUUGGAAAUGACAAAGUAGAAGGAGCUAAAUUGAAAAAUGAAGAGCUUAGUAAACCAAUCUGCAUGAAUGAGCAGAAGAUGCCUCUGAACAUACCUGUUGAUAAUAUGGUUGAUGGAGCAAGAAAGCAAAAUGUCCCUGCAAAGAUGGUAAGUCCAUGGGAUGAUAUUUUCACCAACUUAAGCAUUGGCGGAUUGCUGUCUGAGGCAUCUUUGCAAGGAAAGAUCAACUCGGAAACUAAAAUGGAUUUGCAGCCAAUCCAGUUUGUUUCUGAUAUUAGUGUUGGAGGCUUGCUGUCUGAAGUGUCUUUGCAGGGUAAGAUGUCUACUGGAAUGAAACAAGAGAACAGAGUGGGAUUGCAGCCAUCUUCAUUUGCUUCGUUUAUUAGCUCAGGAAGCUUCUUUUCUGAAGCAUCUUCUCAAGGAAAGGUUAGUAACAAUUUAGCUUCAAAAGGAAGCAAAUCUGGAUUGAAGGAAACGUCAGAGUAUGGCCAGCACAGUGAGUCAAAAUUUUCAUGGGAUUUUAAUCUCACUAAUUUGAGCAUUGGAGGAUUGCUAUCUGAGGUGUCUCUGCUGGAAAAAGUAAAAAAUCAUGACCAAGGAACUGAGGGCAAACCAAGCUCACAACCUACGUCAUCUUUUCCUGAUUCACUUGAUGCUUUUAUAGCUGCCCGCCUAAAUUCACACUCUGAAAUUUCAAAGUCAUCAUCUCAUGAAUUGCACUCGUCUAUCUUGGAUGCUGAAGAGACAUGCCAUGCAUUUCCAGUGCGUAAAAUUUCAUCAGGAAACGAAAAUGCAACUACUUCGUGUGGAAUAGAUGGUCCUGGCAAUUGUCACGAGUAUACAAGAUCGAAAUCUUUCAGAAUUCCAUCAUCCUCUAGCGCUCCUGAGCGCACAACUCAAAGUGUGAUUGCACAAGAUCAACCAUCUCAGCAACCCAGGACACCCCUCAUUUCCCGUCCAAGGGGGAGUUCUGAAGACAACAGCGUUGGCCUAAAGGGCAUCAAAUGGGAAGACUCUUUAGGACCAUUUGAUCUUGGAAUGCCUAUCUUACGACCGGUUAGCAGUGGAGACGGUGUUAGCCUCAGCGAGUUCAUUAAAUAACAUAUUUAUGUAGUCUUGAACUGAUACCAUAGACACUAGGAAAAUUUUCCUCAGCUCGAGGAUCAAAUUCUUGAACAGUUGAAACUCAAAAGUAAAAUGAUGCUGUGAAUUGUCCAUAAAAAUAGCUAAAAGAACGAUAUUGUGAAUUUUUUAUUAUCAAAGGCAGAUGUAUUUUCGUGUAAUAUUAGCCUUAAGUUGGGUUUUUCAUUUUCUUCAA